GAAAAAGCGCACAUUUGAGCAUAUUUGAGAAGCUGCAGCCUUUGCCUGUAGUACAUUUGUGCCCAGAAUAUUCUGCAAUAAAGAUCUUAAAGAAGUUCAUUUCCAGUCUCUGAUUCUGACCAACCUUCUCACCAUCCGAAAUUCAACGAACACGCGAAGGACUGGCGGAGAAAACCCUCCUUCAACAGGUGGCUGGGGCAUCUGAUUGGGAUGCCUCCCGGACGCCUCCCUGGUGAGGUGUUCCGGGCACGUCCCACCGGGAGGAGACCCCGGGGACUACCCAGGACACGCUGGAGAGACUACAUCCUUCGGCUGGCCUGGGAACGCCUCAGGAUCCCCCCAGAAGAGCUGGAUGAGGUGGCUGGGGAGAGGGAAGUCUGGGCGUCCCUGCUAAAGCUACUGCCCCCGCGAUCCGACCUCGGAUAAGCGCUAGAAAAUGGAUGGAUGGAUGAAUGGAUAUAAUACAUGCUUUAAUAUGCUAAUAUGCUAAAUAUCAUUGUGAUUUCCGUGACCGGUAGCAUGUGCAGUGUGCGGCACCAUGACCUGCAAAACAUACAUUGCCAUUUUUUUUUUGCCUUUCUCGUUAUGGCUUUGACGCAAGCGGGGUCGCGCAACGUGAGCGCGCACGUCGACGCGGGUACGCCCCACUCGGCUCAGGCUGUCACUCGGCUAGCAAGCGAGACAGCGAUGGCCGCCCUCAGCAAGAUAACGCACAACUGCUAUGAAGUCGGUCACACCUGGAACCCGUCGUGUAUGCAGUCCUGCGUGGACAUAACGAGGGGCGCGCUGGAGGUGUCCUUCAAAAUAUAUGCCCCGCUUUACGUGAUAGCAGCUAUUCUUAGGAGAAGGAAGAAGGAUUACUACUUCAAAAGGCUUCUUCCUGAGAUUUUACAGUCUACCUCUUUCCUCACUGCCAAUGGAGGUCUCUAUAUAUUCUUCUUCUGUAUUCUCAGGAAACUGCUGGGAGGGUUUUAUUCCUGGUCCGCUGGGUUUGGCUCGGCCCUGCCCGCCUCCUAUAUCGCUAUUCUCCUGGAGCGUAAGAGCAGGAGAGGACUUCUCACAAUAUACAUGACAAAUCUCGCAACUGAAACCUUGUUCCGCAUGGCCAUGACGCGGGGCCUCAUCAAACCUAUCAAACAUGGAGAGGUGCUCCUCUUCUGCAUAACUGCAUCCCUCUACAUGUUCCUCUUCAGGAGUAAAGAUAGCCUUAAAGGCUUUGCGUUCUCAGCAUUAAAAUUCAUCAUCGGCAAGGAAGAGAUCCCAUCUCACUCUGUUCUGGCCGAACAGGUUGCCGCAACUCCGCAAGAGGCGUCAGCCACCUCAGAGACUGAGCCUUCACACGUCUCAGCAUUACGACGCGACUCGAGGAGCAGAUCUUUGCCAGCCUACACCAGGGAACUGCUGGAGUCAAUAUGCAAACAAGGUCCAAAACACAGAUAUUGUAAACAUCAUCAUGACAGCUGCAUUUCGUACUGCAUUAAAGGUUUUGUGAGGAUGUUUAGUGUUGGCUACUUGAUUCAGUGCUGCCUUAAAGUGCCCUCGGCGUUCCGGUACGUCUUCUCGAAACCCUCACGGCUACCUUCCCUCUUCUACAACAAAGACAACUUCCAGCUCGGGGCCUUUUUGGGCUCUUUUGUCAGCAUCUACAAGGGAGCAAGCUGCUUGCUUCGUUGGUUGCGCGAUAUUGACGAUGAGCUCCAUGCGUUGGUGGCCGGCUUCCUGGCGGGAAUCUCCAUGUUCUUCUACAAGAGCACGUCCAUAUCCAUGUAUCUCUUCUCUAAGCUGGUGGAGACCUUGUACUUCAAGGGCAUCGAGGCCGGCCACUUCCCUUACUUCCCACAAGCGGACACAUAUCUCUACAGCAUCUCCACCGCAAUUUGUUUUCAAGCUGCUGUGAUGGAGGUGCAAAAUGUUCGGCCUGCUUACUGGAAGUUUCUUCUGCGUCUCACUAAGGGCAGGUUUGGUAUGAUGAACAGACAGCUGCUGGAUGUUUUUGGCACUCAGUCCUCCAGGGACUUUCAGGGUUUUGUGCCCCAACUGGACCCACGCUACGUCUCAGUGUCCAGCCAAGCAAUGCUUCCACUAGUGGGCGACGUUCAGCUAGGAUGAAGUGGGUGGAGAAUGUCGGACGAUGGUGAUCAGAAAUGGUGAUCUUUUGCUAACGGAUGUGUUAUUUGGAUGAUGUCUUGACCACCCUGUUCUGGGUCUCCGGUGUUGCAUGAAGUGGCAGGGAGGUGGCCAAAUGCAUUUAAUGCAUAUGGCGGCCUUCUGCUACUCUAUGAGCUAAAGAAAAUCAGCAGUAACCAUUUAUGUAUUUUUCACAUAAAAUGGCCAUCUACAUUGUAGCAUUCCAUCACUCACAUCUUUCUUUCUCAGGUUCCCGAGUCCCGACCGAGCCAUGUUUGGUUGUUGGAAUGGUUGCUUUAACGGUGAAACUAAUGUUUGUUUUAGUUACUUAAUAAGUUUUGGCUUAAACCAGAUAAUGCAUCAGCUAUGUUACAGACGUCAUUAAAACACGUGGGAUGUUUCCAAUCGGGGGGCGGGGGAAAUAUCCUUUCUCCUUUAACGUCUUAGCUGUGACCCACAGAAUAUAAUACAUCAUAAAUUACUCUGUUAUUGUUGAAUUCUGAUUAACCAAAAUAGAUUGGGGAUUGUUUUCUAAUAUUACUAUUAAAUAGAUCAAUGACAAAUUUAGACCAGUCCCAAUAGUUCAAUUGUUUCAGUUAACAACACAGUUAAAUGGUUGUCUAAAAUGUUUACCAUUUGUGCAAAACGAUGUGAUUUUUAUAUUUACAUUCAUUGGGUUGUGGUUGACAUGGCUGCAGGAAAGGUUUAACUCAAUAACCCAUUCACAGCUUGGUUAGCUGUUUUUCUCACCUCUGUUAAUAGUGUAUGCCAAAAACCCUAUAGCAUUUAAAGUGACUUUCUGAACAUGUUUUACACAGUUGAAUUUGAUCUUAAGUGGACCGUAGUUGGUCAUGUAUAAUUGAUCAGGCUGUAAAAUUCCAGUUUGUUUCCGAACAUUUUGCAUCCCGCACUGCAAGACAGCUUUAGACACACGUGACUUCUGUUAGAUAAUUCAUCCAUCCAUCCAUUUUCUGAGCCGCUUCUCCUCACUAGGGUCGCGGGCGUGCUGGAGCCUAUCCCAGCUGUCAUCGGGCAGGAGGCGGGGUACACCCUGAACUGGUUGCCAGCCAAUCGCAGGGCACAUCGAAACAAACAACCAUUCGCACUCACAGUCAUGCCUACGGGCAAUUUAGAGUCUCCAAUUAAUGCAUGUUUUUGGGAUGUGGGAGGAAACCGGAGUGCCCGGAGAAAACCUACGCAGGCACGGGGAGAACAUGCAAACUCCACACAGGUGGGGACGGGGAUUGAACCCCGCACCUCAGAACUGUGAGGCUGACGCUCUAACCAGUCGUCCACCGUGCCGCCUUAGAUAAUUCAUUUUUGAAAAGAUGAAAACACACUAACAAAAUCUAUGUUACAUAUUACACUAAUACAAUUGUCAGCAAGUGUUUUUGCUUUAUGUGAUGAUGAUGAAGUAUUAAAAUAUUUUUUAUUCAUA